ACACCCGAAAAUAUUAAACAAGAAAAACCCAAACUAUAAGCCCAAACUAUUUAACUGAGUGUGGACUUAAACCCAAAGUAAACACUUAGGUUUUUCUUGUGGUGCCACUUGUGGUGUUUCUGACUUCAAAGCCCAGACCCUUAUUUAUAGGUUAAAUAGGAGAUACCAAACUUGAUUUCCCCGACGUGGGACUAUGAGACUUGCAAAACUAACAAAUUGCAUGUUCUUGAUCUUUGAUUGUAUUUGUUUGAUUGUCACUGUUUUCACUCGUCUAGACACCUGCAGUGCUGUUGUUGCACUUUAUUCUACCGUAGCCAGAACUACUGUGGUCUUGAACUCUAUUUGCUAUGUCCACAAUUAUCAAUCCAUCAAUUGCAGACGUAGUACCUAAUAUUAGUUUAGUGCACAAACUCUCUGCCAGACAGAGGACUUUGUGUUUGUAUAUGCAUACCUUGUGCCGAACCAUGCUGACAAAUUGUCGAUGUGCCACAGUAGUGAAGAUGAAUAUUUCAUUAUAAACAGAUGUAUGUAUACUUCAUCUUAUGUUGGUGUCGUGCAGAAAGAAGAAUUCAUUGCAUUACUCUUCUGUUCGGCAUGAACGGAAGUUUUGACAAGUUCUCAUCAUCCCAUUACAGUGUAAUUGCAGGCAAUGUUUUUAUCUUCUGAUGAGUCAAAAAUUAAAGAACUGGUGCGAGUGUCCUACGAUAAAAGAAAAUCUUUUUACAUGGAUCCAGAGGUCCAAGGCAUAUUGACUGCUGCACAGAAGUUGUGGCCUCACAUCCAUAUAUCUGAUUCCUCGGUAAUGGCAGAUAGGGCUGUUAAAAUGGCAGAAGCUGGAUGCAAAUAUAUUGCAGUACUUGGUGUGGACUUCAUGUCUGAAAAUGUUGGUGCAAUACUUGAUCAGGCUGAUUUUAAGAAGAGAUGUCUCCAUCAUCAUCUUAUACUGCUCUGUGAAUCUCCUACAACGGCGCAGUUCAGAUGUUGCAACAUGCAUACAUUUAAGUUUACAUGACAAUCACAUAUUGAGUCUCAUCAGCCUCUUGUACUCUGCCUACAUUCAUGAAAAGGAAAAUCAAAUGCAUUCUUUUUAUAAUUAUUUUCAUUGUGAAUGUUAGACUGUUAAACUUUUUUGAGUUUAGAUUUUAUCCUAACUCGUUUUGAGAUAAUAAUUAACAACGAUCAUGUUUGUUCUUUGUUUUUAGAAACAAGCAUGAAUGCAUCUUGAAGUACAUUUAACUGGUUUAUCUUGCACAGUGGUAUCGUUUGGAAGACUCUUAACCACAGUAGGUUUCAUGCAGGUUGGUGUGUACAGAAUGUCCAAUGAACUAAUUGGUUGCUCCUUGGUGGAUGCAGCAGGGAGUUUGACAUAUAUGCAGUUUUGGAGGCAGCUUCAAAUUCACCUCCUUCAUUGCAUGUGAUCUACAUAAAUACUUCCUUGGAGACUAAGGCCUAUGGACAUGAACUGGUGCCUACAAUCACUUGUACUUCAUCUAAUGUUGUGCAGACAGUUUUUCAGGCAUUUGCUCAAGUACAGGAUUUAAAUGUUUGGUAUGGUCCUGAUUCUUACAUGGGUGCAAAUAUUGUGGAGUUAGUUUCACCAAAUGGCUGACAUGACAGAUGAAGAAAUAUCAGAAUACAUCCAGAGCAUAACAGGAACUCCAUAAGAUCAUUACUGAAGAGGCUGCACUACUACCAGGAUGGUAACUGCAUUGUGCAUGAUAUGUUUGGUCAUGAAGUAGUGGAGAGAAUAAAAGAGCUGUACUGUGAUGCAUUCUUAACAGCUCAUUUUGAAGUUCCUGGUGAAAUGUUUUCUUUGGCGAUGGAAGCAAAAAGGAGAGGAAUGGGAGUUGUAGGUUCCACCCAAAACAUUUUGGAUUUCAUUAAAAACCAGGUACAGAAAGCUUUGGACAGGGACACCGAUGAUCACCUACAGUUUGUGUUAGGAACCGAAUCUGGAAUGUUGACUCCAUAGUUGCCGCAGUUCGUGGAUUACUGGGUUCAAGGGAAUCAAGAUGUAAAACAAUCUCCAGUCUUAUCGGAUUCAGUAUCAAGGACAUCAAUGAAUGGGUCUCGUGGUCUAAAUUCUGCUAUACCAAGUGAUAUCAAAGAACUUGCUGUUGUUCCCGGUGUCGCAAACGGUGAAGGGUGCUCUAUUCAUGGAGGUUGUACUUCCUGUCCGUAUAUGAAGGCAACAAGAAGGUUAUGCAAUCCAUCAUAUCCUCCAUAGACGAAUACCAACAAGUUUUAACAAGGUUAUGUAAUCCAUCCACAAUUCACUGCUUAGUGCAGGUGUAUGUCAGGCCAGCUGGCAGUUACAUAAUGGACCAGUUAGAAUUACGGCGAGUUGUUUUUUAUCCAGAAACUGAUGUUUCUGAAAGUGCAGACUGUGUGAUAUUAGUUGGUAAUUUUUCUAUACCAUCAGGUUUACGUGCAGCUGAAGCUGCUCUCUCGAAACAGAAAGUGGAAGUGAUAUCUGGGACUGGAGCUCUUGUUCUGCCAAUGGUUAAGCAUCCAUUUGUUGUAGGAUUUCUAGUUGCAGAACUACCAAAGAAGGAUUUGGAUUCAUGUGAGAAUGUGGAUAGUGGUGAACUGUGUGUGCCCUUUUGCUCACCUAAAGAUGAUUCUUUAGGUGGAGCACCGUAUUCUAGUAAGAAACCCUGGGAAAUUGAGGCUUUCAGUGAAGAUUUGAUGAAAGCUUAUGGCCAAUUCACAACUGAACAAAGAUCAAGAGCUAUUGUGAUUUCUCAAUCUUUGGCCACAGCAUAUGUCAUGGAUCAGAAAGCAAUGCUUCUUCAACAGUCUUCUUGGCAAAAUAGUGUCAGAAUGAAUCAUCUGAUUGAACAAAUACGUGCACCUCUUUCUAGCAUUAGAGCUCUGACAAAAAUGUUAUCUGUUCAUGUCAAGAGAAGUGAGAUUUCAUAUGAUAUCAUCGAAGACUUACUUAUGCAGGGUGAUCAUAUGAAAGAUGCCUUACAGCAGCUUCAAGAUUCUGCCUAUCUCACCAAGGUUAAUAUAGUACGAUACAACGAGGAAACAAUAAAGAAGAUGCAUGAUCCUAAGUUCAGCCACCAAGAAUUGUCAAGGUCACUGCCAUCUGAGAAUGAUUCAAGCGAGAACAAAACAUAUAGUAUGAAGAAGAUGGAACCAGUGCUACCACUAAGCUCUGGAAAAAAAGACCUAGCAAUGCCGAUGCCACCUCUUUGGCUUGUCCCACUAAAACAAAACAUUACCAGACCAUGUGUUGUUUCUGAUAUAUUGAAAGAUCUGGUUGGAGCUGCUCUCCCUCUCGCCGACAAUCAACAACGAUCACUGGAACUUAAUGAACUGUCACAGUUUCUCCAGGUUGGUGUCGAAGAAUCUUCUCUGCGACAGGCACUUAGUAAUCUGAUAGAGGGGGCUUUGUUGCGCACAUGCAUAGGCGGGAAAGUUCAAAUAUAUGCAACUGGAGCACCUGCUGGUGGUGCCCUGGUCAUAAUUGAUGAUGACGGGCCUGACAUGCAUUACAUGACUCAAAUGCGCUCUCUCACACCAUUUGGAGUGGAUCUCUUUGCAGAUGGCAUGGUGGAAGACAACAUGACAUGGAAUUUUGUUGCAGGGCUGACCAUUGCUCGUGAGAUCCUAGAGAGCUAUGGGUGUGUCAUCCGUGUCAUUUCGCCCCGGGCCUUGGAUGCUGCCUUUGGUACCGGGGGGACGCGUAUUGAACUGUGGUUCCCUGCUCUGCCGUCUGAUUCAUCCGAUGCAGCCGGAGAGGUGUAGCAAAUUCCGGUACCCCAUUGUUCAUGCCAUCUUGGUUUUUCCAAGAGCAAGGGUCGUAGAAUUGGUUUCAUGAGAACACGUUGGUUAGUGUUGCUGAUAACUCACUUUCUUGUAUCUUGUUUUUCUACUUGCUCAUCAUUGAUAUGAGAUGCACGAUUACAAACGGUGAAUAGACUCGACAUAAAAAAAAGGACUUGUUUGA